GCCACCUGGAGUAUUUCUUUCAUUGGUCAUUCUUCUUCCUCUUUUCCUCUGGGAUGAUUUACGUUUCCUGCUUCUACGGUUCUGACUGUUACUCUUAGAUUUAGCUCUGGAGCUCUUAGUCGAUCCUCCACUUCUUCCAGAGGUGAUAAAGAGAUCAGAGGCUUCUUUGUUCAAUAUCUUAUUACGAUCCUUAGAAUCAAUCAGCCUUAGUUUGUCCUUGAGCUUCUCUGAAGCAGUGACUUGAUGUUUGGCCAUUGCGUCUUGUAUAUGUUUAAAUAAUUUCGGAAUUCUCAAUCCAGUGUUAGCAAUGAUAUGCAGUGCCUGAACGAAGCCAUUGAAGGUAAAAUUGCCAGAACGCUUGAUUUUUGCUUCCUUUAUUUUCCAAUAUUGGUCAUCUUUAAGGAUAAUUUUAUUUUAUCUUUUCAAACUUUAAGACAUUUGGGUACAAUUCUCACUUCUUGCACAAAGUGAAGAGCUGAUACGGAUGCAUGAUCUGCUUGCCCUCUGAAAAUAUAAAGAACACUUGGGAUAAGUAAGCUAGUUGGGUGGUUGUGAAAAUAUUCCCCUU